CCAGCCCUUUUGCCCGUCCCGUAAUGUUAGUAGUGACAUAAACGGGGUCCUUUCUGUCAUGGGAAUGUAGCUGCCACUGGUUUAAUAUUGUGUAUGCGGGCUUUGCUAAAGCACAUCUGGUGGGUACUUGUUUACUUUCCCCCGUUUUCUCCAAAGAUGCCACUGUGUUUUGCAGACUUUGAACAUCUCUCUCCUGGGUAAUAAUGCUUAUAACGUGGGCGUGUAGGGUACUAAGUGGGAUAUUACUACAGCAAUCAAAUUACGGUAAAGCGCGAUGUUUGCUACUGAGCAUGUACUAGAUUACCACUCCAUAUCUCGUCGUUCCGAAAAGUUAUUGAGUUGUUUCCGGUUCCGGUGUUAUGUAGCCGCAGAGGAACACGUGAAGGUCGGUGGCUGUUAUAACUUCUCAACUAGGAAGAAUAGCGCUUGGUAGUCCUUGUAGGUUCUGUUUGAGUAAGUCUGACUGUAGCAAGAAAAUGGAUACACAGGGUUUAACUACCGACCCACAACUGCAGCAGUUUAUAGAGGUAGAGACGCAGAAACAGCGAUUUCAACAGCUUGUGCAUCAGAUGGCUGAAAUAUGCUGGGAAAAAUGUAUGGAUAAACCAGGGCCCAAGCUGGACAGUAGGACCGAAGCCUGCUUUGUGAACUGUGUAGAACGCUUCAUUGACACAAGCCAAUUUAUCUUAAAUAGGUUGGAACAGACACAAAAAAGCAGAGGAGUCUUCUCUGAGACUAUGCCUGAGUAAAUGGUUUAGACCUGCAAACAUGAGACCAUCAAGACCAGAGAAAGAGGACCGGGAAUGAGCCUUUGUCCUGCGUCUUGUUUAUGUACAUGUGCAGCAUGUUUAUGGAGCAAACGGAGGAAGACUGAACAUAACUUGCACUCUAAAACCGAUGGAAGGCCCAGGAACCAGUCUUUAGAAGAAAAUUAUUUUUUAAAAAUAACAAAACUUGUUGAUGGUGGAACUCUAAGUAAUGAAAAAUGUAUGCUAUGCGAAAAAUUAAAUUAUGUUUUAGCUUAA